AUUACAUCCAACGGUCACAAUUCAAUCCUAAAUUCAACAAAAUCUUUCUCGCGCAUUUUCUCUCUCCUCCUUCAUCUUUCUCGCGCAUUUUCUCUCUCCUCCUACCUCAUUCAUGCUUCAUUCUCUCCCUCACUCACUCACAGUUUUUGCUCUGAAAUUUCAUCAAAUCUUCGUCAAUCUUCUUCAAUUGUUCUUCAAUGGAGAUCAUCCAAAAGGAUUCUGUUGCAGAUGUUGGUGCAUCUGGUGCUGCUGACGAUGUCGGGUCAUCAGGAGGUGGUGUCUUCGCUGCUGUUGAAGUUGGUUCAUCUCGUCCUGCUGAUGUUGGUGGUGAUGUUGCUGUUGUUGGUGUCAGUACAUCGGGUGUUGCUGCUGAUGUAGGUUUAACAGGGGAGACAAAUGGUUUAAAGUCUCAUGUACAUGGGACAUUGCAUAGUCGCAUGUCACCGUCAUCCAUUGUGCAAGUAAUGGAAUCAAUUUCUGAUAACCAAUUGAAAGCUAUUAAGGACAUAAGAUUUGGGUCAAUAGAGUAUUUGAAGGUCACCCAACUGCCUUUGCAGUUAGGAUUAUUUUUGGUGCAUCACUUUGAUGCACACACAUGUUCAUUAAAAAUUCCUAAUUCUGAUCCUUUCCCAAUGAAGAACAUGUGCACCAAGUGCUUGGAUUGCCGAUGGGAGGCAUAG